AUGCCUAACAUUUGGAUCAAUUGCUCAGUGAUACUGGAAGAGAAGAUCACAGCAGCAUUGUAUGUAAAUCCAGAGCAACUGCAGGAAUUGCAGUGGUUCAAACGGUUGUCAUCUUGUGCAGCAGUAAUGGAGGCAGUGAACAUCCAGCUGCCAGAAGCCAUAGCAACAGAACACACAGCCAUUGCUUAUAGUCCAUUGCAAUGUACUCAGAACCUCCUUUCAGCAAAGCGUUCAUUACCUGUGCAUGCAAGGUACCAGCCACCAAUUCCAGGUGGUGGCCAUGUUGAUGGACACUUGAAUUCUCCACGCCUGUUUCUCCACUGCUUAGAGGAUACCUGCCUAAGAGCAAAGGCGCGAACAGUUGCUCCUCCAGAACAAACUGCGAACUAA